AGUAAAGUUCCUUCUUCCACUUCCUCCCUCCUUGCAACCUGCUAUUCACUGCGGCACAAAGGCUGAUACUCACAUUUGCCCAUCUCUCCCUGCUGUCUGCCUUGGCCUGACUUUCCUUUGCCUGACUUUCCUUUGCCUCAGGCUCUGUCCUCCGCCACGGGUCCAGAGACAUGCAAGCCAUCAAGUGUGUUGUGGUGGGAGAUGGAGCUGUGGGGAAAACCUGUCUCCUUAUCAGCUACACCACUAAUGCCUUCCCAGGAGAAUACAUCCCCACUGUGUUUGAUAACUAUUCUGCCAACGUGAUGGUUGACAGCAAGCCUGUAAAUCUGGGACUAUGGGAUACUGCUGGACAAGAGGAUUAUGACAGGCUGAGGCCGCUCUCUUACCCGCAGACGGAUGUCUUCCUGAUCUGUUUCUCCCUUGUCAGCCCAGCAUCUUAUGAAAACGUCCGUGCUAAGUGGUUCCCUGAGGUGCGACACCACUGCCCUAGCACUCCCAUCAUCCUUGUGGGUACAAAGUUGGAUCUUCGUGAUGACAAGGACACCAUUGAGAAGCUGAAGGAGAAGAAGCUAUCCCCCAUUACAUAUCCUCAGGGCCUUGCUCUGGCCAAGGAAAUUGACUCUGUGAAAUACCUCGAGUGCUCAGCUUUGACGCAGCGUGGCCUCAAGACGGUGUUUGACGAGGCCAUCCGAGCAGUCCUGUGUCCGCAGCCCACACGGACAAAGAAACGUGCAUGCAGCCUCCUCUAAAUCUCAGCCCCAUCUUGAUGCCAGGCUCUGCCCAGCACGCAGGAGAGUGAUGGCUCCAGCAUCCCGGAGCUCAGCAUCUCGUGGCGGUCAUUGUGCUUUUUACUUCAGCUGGCUUAAAAGACUGUUGUGAGUCUGUAGCA